AUGGCGACGGCGAUCUGGUACCACUCCACCGCAGGCCAAGACGCCACCCCCGUUUUGUUCGAAAUCUUUGACGAGCGCGAGUACCCCAUUGUGAAGGGUCCCGUGGAUGUGAGCGCCCCAACGCAGAAGGACAUCUAUCGAUUCGUCUUCAGCAUAUUCAAGGCAGAGAAGCUGCCCGCCGAGUGUGCCAUCCUCUGUCUGGCCUACAUCGAAAGGCUGAUCGCCAAUACCAAGAUCACCCUCCACGGGACCAAUUGGAGACGCGUCACGCUCGGCGCACUCAUCUUGGCCUCCAAGGUGUGGGAAGACCAGGCCGUGUGGAAUGUGGACUUCCUCUCGGUCUUUCCCAACGUGAACGUGAACGACCUGAACAAGCUCGAGAAGUAUUUCCUGGGCCUGCUCACCUACAACGUCUCUCUGAAAGCAUCCGAGUACUGCAAGUACUAUUUUGAGCUGCGCGAGCUGGCCGAGAAGGACUCGAAGAGCUUCCCUCUCCUGCCGCUCACCACGGCGGAUGCCCAGCGCUUGGAGCAACGUGCUAUCGAGACAGAGAGAAGGGUCAAGAAGCUGCAGCGCACGUCGAGCGCCGAUGCCUUGCCCCUCAAGUCUCCUCGCGCCUUACACUACGAGGGAACGUGUGUAUGGGUGCUGCUGCUCCUCCCUGCUCUCGACUCGAGCCAUGUUGUCUGGUGGCAACCCGGCCUGAGGGCGCGGGAGGCCAGCGACGAUCAGAUCACUCCCUCGGCGCCCAAGCUGAGCCUGCGAGACGGAGGAGCGAACGCCACAGCAGCGCCCUCCCCGGCCAAGAAGUCGGCCCUCCCGCGCCAUCUCCAGACCCUGCACUUCAGGCGAGAGAAGUCCAACUCCACCAGCUCCCUCUAUGUAAAUAGCACCAUCAGCGCGCCCAACCUCGACCAAUAUGGCGACGGCGAUCUGGUACCACUCCACCGCGGCCAGGACGCCACCCCCGUUUUGUUCGAAAUCUUUGACGAGCGCGAGUACCCCAUUGUGAAGGGUCCCGUGGAUGUGAGCGCCCCAACGCAGAAGGACAUCUAUCGAUUCGUCUUCAGCAUAUUCAAGGCAGAGAAGCUGCCCGCCGAGUGUGCCAUCCUCUGUCUGGCCUACAUCGAAAGGCUGAUCGCCAAUACCAAGAUCACCCUCCACGGGACCAAUUGGAGACGCGUCACGCUCGGCGCACUCAUCUUGGCCUCCAAGGUGUGGGAAGACCAGGCCGUGUGGAAUGUGGACUUCCUCUCGGUCUUUCCCAACGUGAACGUGAACGACCUGAACAAGCUCGAGAAGUAUUUCCUGGGCCUGCUCACCUACAACGUCUCUCUGAAAGCAUCCGAGUACUGCAAGUACUAUUUUGAGCUGCGCGAGCUGGCCGAGAAGGACUCGAAGAGCUUCCCUCUCCUGCCGCUCACCACGGCGGAUGCCCAGCGCUUGGAGCAACGUGCUAUCGAGACAGAGAGAAGGGUCAAGAAGCUGCAGCGCACGUCGAGCGCCGAUGCCUUGCCCCUCAAGUCUCCUCGCGCCGUGCUCAACUAG